GGUAUGUCUUUAUUAUAGGCUAGUGUAUGAUUAAUUUGAUUAGCCUACAUGUAGCCUCUAGUUUGUAUUGACAUUUCAGGUGUCAUAAAGCUAUUCUAUUCGGAGAGAUCAUACUUAGUUGAAUGGCUGCUUUUUUGAGGCUCCUUUGGGGACUUAGGGACUAGUGAGAGGAUGACCUGGUUUCUAAUUUUCUACUCUCAGCCUGGUCUGUAGCUACCCGUUUUAACAGAGCUCAACCAGACAGAUGAGAAUCAACUGUGCAGUGGAUUAGAUCUUUCUUUCCAAAGGAAUAUCGUCCUUUUAUUAAUCUGCAGACAAUAUGCUACCUGAGGUCGUUUUGCGAUUCUCAAAGCCAAUGCUGUUAUUCUAACGGAGGUGCUGAAAUCCAACGAUUCUUUGCCCAGAGAUAACAGGUGAUAUUGGCUCAUGGCCAGCCUGCAACAGGAGUACCCCCUGGUCCUGCUGGGUAUUCUGGAGGAGCUGGCCGCUAUGCGCCACUGGCUCUCCUUCCAGGACCUGUGUCGAAUGGUCAGCACCCGCUUCGACCUGCAGCACCUCACAGAGCUUAGGAGCCUGCUGUUCUCCGCAGCCUGCCGCGACCCCUGUUUCCCCGCCACCCUCUUCAGAGACAGGGUCACCCCCAAGGGACUGGGGACAUCCCCGAUAGGUGUGGCAGCUGACAUCGUCACCAUAUUCAACCUCAUUCAAAUGACGGGUGGGGCUCCCGAUGAGGCCCAGCCUGCCCAGCCAAUGAAAGCCAAGCCCGCCCCCCACAUCGACCAAUCCCCAGAGCCCUCUUUGCAAAGCUCUUUGCCCAUCACUGACGAGGCGAGAAUCUCCAGACGUGAAAGGGUGCGCACCCUUUCAGACUCUCAGACCCUCUCAGGCCCCAUCGACCCGAGCUUGCUCUGGCCCAAAUCAAAUUACUCGUUCCGCAAGCGCGCCAGUCUCCCUCCCGAUCCCCUCUCUCUGGUCUCCUCAUCCCCUCCGAGCCGUGCCAGGGCUGUGUCUUUCGACUGGCGACACAACACCCCGCUGUUCGCUGGCAGCGGCAGCAUCCCAGGCAUGCAGAGCAUCUACCUCCCCCUGGAGACAGACAGCGAGUCCUCCAAGGAUUCCCUGAGUGGAGACUCGGCACCCAGGGAUCCCGGAUCGGAGCCAGGAUCGGAGCCGGGAUCACAGCCAGGAUCGGAGCGGCAUUCCUGCGUGAAGAAGAGAGACAUCUUCAAGAAGGACUUCCACAACCAGUCACAACUGGUUCCCCAUGUGACCAUCAGUACUGAGUCUCAGACUCCAAGAGGAGGAGUAGGACAAAGAGGGAGGCAGGAACUUUUUUCCAACCGCAGCUUUGAGCUGCUAUCCAACCCGUAUCCUUCUCCAACUGUCGGUAGGUCUUCUCCGGAGCGCCGGGCCAAACAUGAAAGCCUGGACGACCUCCAGGACUCCACGUACUUUGGCCCAGGGGAUACUAUUCAAGAAUGGUCCCCUCUCCACCUCCAACCUCCCAGGGCCCAGAGGCCAGGGUGGGCCGACAAGAGCCUGAGUCUGGACGACAGGGUGGUGGGCUUAGUGGGUGUGGGCUUGGAUGGCUCUGAGGGCUCUCUUCAGGUGAGACUCACUCCCAGCCCCACCACAAACAACCUUGGUGGGGGGUUGUCCCCUCCAAAGGGAUGGGAGGGGACCUCCAUUCCCGCACUUGGAGGAAGGGGGUUGAUGGCCUGUAACAGGGGCACCCAGACCGACACCAUGUCAGACCCGCGGCGCCUGCGCAGCCUGGUGCACGCCGACCGCCUGUCUUUCAUGACCUCGAUGGAUGACCCCGACAUGAUGGGCGAGGAUGACAUCAGCGCCAUCUUCCGCUUCCUGGAUGACAUGAGCAUGUGUGGCUCCACAGGGGUCCUCCACCCCCAUGACGUGGGCCCCUCGGCAGCCCAGGACACCCCGGAGGCGCGGCGCGGCCGCCUGGGCCAGCUCCAGAGGCUCUUUCACUCCCUGGAUGGCAGCGACGACGGUGGGCUCAAGGCCAGCGUGUGUAAACUCCUCCUGAGAAUGGGCCAGAUCGAGCGGCGCCUGGAGUCACUGUCCGAGGUCAAGGCUGAGAUCUCCCAGGUGCUCUCCUUCCUCCAGCGACUGGAUGAGAAGAUACAAGAACAGGCCAUGGGAGGGGGAGGAGGGGGUGGAGGUAGGUGGCUGGGACCGCCCAGUGGUGUUGGGUCUUCCCUAGGUAGCCUGAGCCAUUCGCUCACUCCUGGGUCUGGUGGCUCCUCGGAACCCCAGCCCCUGUCUGUAUCUGGGCAUUCGUUUGGCAGCCUGGACUGGAACCGGUGGGGCAGCAGCCAAAGGAAGACAGAGACAAACGGAGGUCUGAGCGAGACCGAAGGGGGGAAGAAGGUGGUGCUCUCUCGGCUGGCCUCCUCCAAGCCUGAGGAGAAGAGUGGCGUAGACUCCAAACGGCCGAGCGUCGUCUCCAACUCGUCUGCGCGGGAUUGGACGGUGUCAUUCUCGAAAAGUAAAGACGUCAAGGCCCAGCCUGGAAAAAAACGACAGAUGGACCAAUCAAACAACUCCGCCCAGAGUCAUAAGCUCCCCCCUCAAAAACACUCCCAACUGGUGGAACCGGUGUUCAGUUCCUCUCUCUUGCGUCAGAAGGGUGGUGGGUUGACCAAUCCCGGGUUGUCCUCUGGGCUGCCCUGUGACCCCAGAUUGGAUGGUGGGAGAGGAGGAGCCCCGGUCUGGACCGUGGAGGAGAGAGAGGCCAGAAUGUCCCCUCUGGACCUACAGGCCCAGGAGCCUCUAAACCCCAAUAACCUGGAGUUUUGGAUGGAGGACAUCUACACGCCAGGUUACAACACACUGCUUAGGCGCAAAGAGGCCGACCAGCGCAGAGCCAAAGCCUGCAAGCUGGGGGCGCUCAUCUUCACAGCCAUUACCAUAAUCCUUGUCAUCGUCAUCCCCAUCGCCACCAUGAGCUCCUGAGGCUCUGAUUGGAUGUCAGACAGGAAACCUCCAAACAUAGACUGACUUGAUUGGUUGAUUAGUGAUGACGAGAUACAGGGAUUCUGAAGUCUGAAUGCAGUGUUUAUCUGAUACAUAACUUUUCUUUUUCAUAUAAUGAUGUAGGGGACUAAUAUGCCCUACAUAUACCAUGCUUUUGCACCACUAUUCUCAGGGGAGAGUAAUAACAAAAGACGAAGCUAAACUAAUGCAAACACUUUGUGAAUCCCCAUGUUAUCACAGUCAGUUAUGCCCUUGAGUGCUAUUUUGGCCUUAUCCUGUUGCCCUUACUGGGCUCAUUUCUUUCAAGCACAACUGAAAAAAUUCAAAAUUGUAAAAAGCACAGCAUUUGUGUGGGUCUACUGUCUGACUUUGAAUGCCUUUGUUUCUCACUAAGCAGUAUGGUACAGUAAGUUAUGUUGAAUAAAACAACUUUUGUUGUCAUAGUGGUUUUUCAAGAGUGGGAAAUCUGUGAUUUCCGCAAUUUUUCGCUGGCUAAGCCAAUGUGUUUGUUUCAUGAAACAUGCCACACCUGUUUGCAGGGCCUUUCCUUGCUGUUCUGCAGCCCUAGUCUAUGCAAGACCAGAAAAUGGCACCCUGCAAAACUAGAAUGGUCCCAGCAAGCAAAAUUGCGUUGAAAAGACGUCUACGAUACGUACUUUCCAGACAUUGAAGUUAGGUUCAUUUAGGUCUGAAUGAAAGGUGAAAUAACAUAUUUUCCGUACGUUUAAAAUACAUAUUUUCCAGGACGUUGAAAAGGCAUCUUUUCCGGACGUUGAAAAUACAUAUUUUCCACACGUUGAAAUCAGGUUAAUUUAGAUUCUAAUAAAAGUUGAAAAUACUUAUUUUCCGGAUGUUGAUAGGUUCAGAUUUCGGAUCGGACCAAAAAUCUAUAUCUGUGGGCGUUGAAAUCAAGGCUGGUCUGGACCGCACCAAAUCUGAACCAAACAUAGACGUCUAUGAUUGGUUCAUAUUUGGACUGGACCGGACCAAAAACCAAUGACUGUGAAUGUGGAAAUCAAGUCAGGUCUGGACUGCACCAAAAAAAGACGUCCAAAUGGCAUUGGCAUCGGUCCGUGCUUACUGAGGUGUAGCCUACAGUAUUACCUGAAAUUGAAUUUUAUGAAUGCCCAUCCAUGU